AUGAGAGAGAGAGGAAGAGAGAGAGUGUGGGUGGAAAACACAGGGAAGGGUAGAACGAUAGGUCAGGUCAAGGAUCCUAGGGUUUGGAAUCGAGAGGAGUAUCGACGCUUGGAGAACGAGUCCUUCUCAAUUUUUGUCGACAAUCUCCCAUCAGACAUAUCGAAGAGAGAGUUGUUCGAAUUGUUUAACUGGAUUGGACGUAUAAACGACAUCUACUUAUCGAGAAAAGAAAAGAAUGGUGGCCUAUACAUCUUUGUGUUCAUACGAUACACCACAAAAGGAGGGGCUAUGAAGGCUAUCGCAGAGAUGAAUCGUAUGAGAUUGAGAGGUAAAGUUGUAUUUGUAGGGGAAGCUAAGUAUAGGAGACUGCCCGACGUAAAAGAUGCGAAUAGAAUCUCUCCACGAGCUAACACUCAAAACGCUAUGGACAGACAAACGCCAGAAGAAGGAGGAAUGACUACGACAAACAAGGAUAAUCUCAACAAGGCUGUCACAAAUGAUGUUAUAGUUAAAGAUCCACAUGGCAACGGGUGGACGAAGAAGGUGGAAAUAAAGGUGGCGAGCGAAAAUCUAGUCUGGCUGCAGAGAAGCCUGGUUGGGGGAACAACGAAGGCUAUUGAUUUUAGAGCGUGA